AUGACUCGCACGAUCGAUAAUACCACCCGCGCACUCUUCAACGAGAACGCCCUCAAGCAGGACAACACUUUCAAGAUUAUGUACUUUAAGGUCCAUGCCUUGGGAGCCAAUGCCCGUGCCAUCCUUGCUGCCUCUGGCGCCAAGUGGGAGUGUGUCUUCCCGAAGGACUGGGUGAACGAAGAGAAAAAAUCCACUCUCUUCGGAGUUCUGCCCAACCUCUUCGAGGCCACCUCCACCGGCGAAGUCAUCGAGGUCGCAGAAUCAGACGCAAUCGAGAGCUACCUCUCCCGCAAGUUCAACCUCCUGGGCAACGAUGCAUUUGACGAGAUGAAGAUCAAGGCAUUUUGCUGCUCCAUCCAGUCCGCGUCCAAUUUCCUAUUGAUCAAGGUCGCAGGUAUUAAAGACCCCGAGGUCAAGGCCGCUAUGCGGACUCAGUUUAUUGAGACGACUGUCCCCCGAUUUGUGACGUACCAUGAGCGGCAUUUGGAGGCUAAUGGCCGCAAUGGACACUAUGUUGGCGACAAGCUCUCGUACGCGGAUAUCAAGCUGGCGGUGGUGUUGGUGUCGAUCUUCUCGGUGACCGGAGAGAGCCAGAUCAACAAGCAGGAUACUCCUGCCAUCUGGGCUGUUUGGGAGAAGGUUAAUGCUAUCCCGUCGUAUGCUAAGUGGGUCAAGUCUGAGGAGUACCAGGCCGUUAGCGAGGGCAACUUGCAGCUCUUGGGAUACUAA